AUGGCAAGUACUAUCGCCCCUCAUCAGAAUAGCUCUGAAAGUCUUGCAACUGAAGGUGGAAGUGAUGGACAACUAUACGUUCUUGAAAACCCAGUGCUUCGAAUCAUUAUUGGUACACUCUUUGUAGUGAUAUCUAUCGUGGGCGCCAUAGGAAACUUGCUUAUAAUCUCAUCAAUAGCUCUCUCUAGGAAACUAAGAAGUGCCACCAACUGCUUUAUCGGAAACCUAGCCGUUGCUGAUUUACUCUCGUGCUUAAGCCUACCAUUUAACGCGGUUGCCAUGUUCAGUAUGUCCGGCUGGCCUCUACCGGGUUGGAUCUGCGCUCUUGUCUCCACAGUUGUCCUGAACUGUCUAGCAGCGAGUGUACUGACACUAGCCUUCAUUGCUUUCAAUCGUUGGUACUUGCUGGGAAGAUCAAAAGAGAUAUUCCAGAAGUUGUAUACUCCAAGAAAAACGGGUUUGAUGAUUGUAUUCUCAUGGUUGUACCCUUUUGUUCUAAUUCUGGCCCCUCAUUUCAGCGGGUUCAUAUCUAUUGGAUAUUCUGAAGAAUAUAAAAUAUGUGCUCUGGACACUGGAAGUAAAUAUGCAGAUUACUACAGCAUGAUGGGUGGACUUUUGGUAAUCCUUCCAGCUUUUGUAGCACUUUUUGUAAUCUAUAUCAAAAUAUACCGUCUUGUGACCAAACAUGAGGAAACUAUGCAAGCUACGAUGGGUAGAGAUAUUUCAGACCAUAUCAACAGCACGGUUCCUGUUAAUAGAGGGAUUAGAGGAUCUAACAUUUCCAUCUCUCCACCCGAUAGUUCAUUGCCUGGGAUAGAUCCUGGUGAAAAGAACACUCCAGUAUUUCUAAGUCGGCAAGACGCUCCACCAGAGCGAUUACAGAGUGGCAAAUCUCUGGAAGUUCCAUUUGAUUUACAAAACAAGAACCUAUGUGACAAGAAUUUAGACAGCGCAUCUACAUCUACUGGCGCACCAGCAAUCGCUUUGAAAUUACACCGAGUCACACCAUGUACAGACCUUCAGUUAGAGCAGGUUCAGCAAGGAUUGCUACAUAAGUCACCCAGACAGAAAAGGUUGCACAACAAAAGUCACAUCCUGCCCAUGGAGAAAAAGAGACAAAAUAUGAACAAUAAAACGGUGAAAAUAACCAAGAAACUAGCCAUUAUCGUCGUCGUUUUCGUCGUUUGCACCCUUCCUUUUGGCAUAGGGACGUUGGUUCCUCCAAGUAGACCGGCCGUACCUUGGAAUUAUCUUCUGCUCUUUUUCAAUAGUUGCCUCAAUCCGAUCAUCUAUGCCAGGACCAUGAGGUCUUUCCGCAAUGUCAUGGGGUGCAUAGCACGAUGCAGUUUCUAUAGUAUUAAAGACCCAACAGAAUUCGCCCGAUUUUUAAGACGUUAG